AUGUCAAAAAUUGUUGAUGGUAACUACACUUCAGUAGUUUAUUCAUUGAUCAAAGAUAAACAAUACAAUGAUGUUAUCAAAAUCAUCACAAAUAUGUCGGAUAGAAAAAGAAACACAAGGCCUGGCUUAUCUUUGUUGGCCUACUGCUACUAUUAUACAGAUGACUUUCAAAACGCAUCAACUAUAUAUGAACAACUAGCAGCAUUAUGGCCACAAGAAACUGAUUAUAAACUACAUCACGCUCAAUCACUUUACUCUGCUGGACGAUAUGAGGACGCUUUGAGAGCAGCAAAUGGAAUUACCAAGAGCGGUUAUGAAAACCAGGUUCGGAAACUAACUGCUGCAAUUAGAUAUGGCAUGGAGGACAUAGCUGGUGCUAGAUCUUUAUUGGAAACCAAUACUGGACCCAAGGAUGAUCCUGAUAUAGAUAUCAAUUAUGGAUGCCUUCUUUACAAGGAAGAUCGAUAUGAAGAAGCAUUACAAAAAUUUUUAAAUGCUCAAACAAUGCUUGGCUAUAGACCUCAUUUGUCGUAUAGUGUUGCAUUAUGUUAUUACAAGUUAAAGGAUUACACAUCAGCACUGAAACACAUUGGCGAUAUUAUUGAAAGAGGUAUAAGAGAACAUCCGGAACUUGGCAUUGGUAUGACAACAGAAGGAAUUGAAGUUCGGAGUGUUGGUAACACUCUGACACUGCAUGAAUCGGCUCUAGUUGAAGCAUUCAAUUUGAAAGCAGCUAUACAAUUUGAAAAGAAUGACAUUGACAGUGCAAGAGAAGCAUUAACUGAUAUGCCGCCAAGAUGGGAAGAAGAAUUGGACUCAGUGACAUUGCACAAUCAGGCGUUGUGUUCCAUGGACAUGUCACCUACUCAAGGAUUUCAUAAAUUACAAUUUCUCAUGCAACAAUCUACUUAUCCACAAGAGACCCUUCAAAACCUUUUAAUUUUGUAUUGUAAACAUGGAUACCAUGAUUUAGCUUCUGAUGUCAUAUCGACGUAUUCACCAGUCAAGGAUAAAUAUCUUUCCAACUACAUUCGUGAAUUUGUGGAUGCUGUUAUUGCGCAACAAACAUCACCUGAUGAUGCAUACCGUAAAUUGGACAACAUGGCAAAUAAAUUAGCAGAUUCUUUGCGUAAAGUCACUCGAUCUGUACAGGAAUCAAGAGAAGCCAGAGAUGAUAAAAGAACUAAGAGAGCUUUACUCGACUAUGAAAACACUCUUGAAAAAUUUAUUCCUGUUACAAUGGCCCAAGCAAAAAUUUACUGGGAUCUGGAGAAUUACGCCCAAGCAGAAACUAUAUUUUAUAAGUCUGUUGAAUUCUGUAAUGAAAAUGAUACAUGGCGUUUACAUGUGGCUCAUGUCUUAUUCAUGCAAGAAAAAUUUAAAGAAGCAAUUGCAUUUUAUGAACCAAUUGUGAAAAAAAAUUACAAUAAUAUCUUAUCAGUGAACGCCAUUGUGUUGGCCAACCUAUGCGUGUCCCAUAUAAUGACAGCGCAAAAUGAAGAAGCUGAAGAACUGAUGAGAAAAAUUGAAAAAGAGGAAGAACGAUUAUACUAUCAGGAACCUGAAAAAAAAGUUUUUCAUCUAUGUAUAGUCAAUCUAGUUAUUGGAACCUUAUACUGUUCAAAAGGAAAUUAUGAAUUUGGAAUUUCACGAGUAAUUAAAAGUUUAGAACCGUACAACAAAAAGUUGGGAAUGGAUACAUGGUUUUAUGCUAAACGAUGUAUGUUAUCUUUAAUUGAAAAUAUGACAAAACACAUUAUCGUCAUGAGAGAUUCCUUUUACAAUGAAUGCCUGGUAUUUCUUAAUCAGUGUGAAUUUCAUGGUAAAGAAGUCGCAACAAUGCCAGAUGAAGAAGAUCCAACCAAUAAAAAAGAACUGAACAACGUGACCUGUGAGGCAAGACUAUUAAAAUCACUAAUUCUCCGCCAAUUGGAGUAUUAAAAAAAUAUUUAUAUGCAGUUAACAAUAUUUAAGUAUAGUAAAAAUAAUUUUACUAUUCAUUUUUG